GUUGGGAUCUCAUGACUCGGUGAGCGUGAUGUCAUUACGACUCUGUGCUCUCCUUUCUUUCGUUCUAGUCGCCAGUCAAACAAACGGACAGUGCUUAGAUAGAAAAUGUUGUCUGAACAAUCACGACUUUUCGCCUCUCAACGGCACAUGGCACUCUAUUUUUGUCACGGAAAACAACGUGCCACUUGAUUUCCACUUCAGCAUUUGCAGUCCGAUGAAAGGGACGUGUUCGGGUCAAGCAGUUUGUUUCAUGGACGCAGAGGGUGGGACGGUCGCUGCUGGUAGUUUCGAGUUGCCACCGAAGGGCAUUGCGAAAGUGUCUGAUCAUGAGUUUGCCGUCAACUAUACGGGAGCCGUGUGUCGUUCGACGAAAAAGCCUCGCGUCGUUACAAUAAUUUUUUCUUGUGGAAAAACGCUUGGAAGACCAACAAGGUUAAACGACUAUGCUGUUUUUAAGAGUGAUUCAUGUGUGCAUGUUUUUUAUUGGAAAACCAGUGUGGCUUGCUCAAAACCGCCAAGCCGUGUGGAAAAACGAUGCUACACAUACUCAGAAAGUGGCAAGCUGCUAGAUCUGAGCCCCCUCAUCAUGACCACUGGAGCUCACAAUGCAACUGGACCGAACGGUAACAAUGACUAUGACUACUACAUUAACCCUUGUAGCAGUAUCAAACAAGGUCGAUUUUCAUAUCUUUCUUCUUGUGAUGGUGCCUCGUUUUGCAUGGUACCGCGUGAUAAGUCUAAACCAACAAUCAAAGCAACGAUUAACACCAACAGCACCACAGGACUAGGACGUAACUUGAUGUUGACAUACACAGCUCUCGAGAAAUGUAAAACUGGGGAGGACAAGCGAAGAGUAAUGAUAGCAUUUGUGUGUCCCACAAAUUACACUUCAGAAAUUGGAGUUGAAGUAACAAGUAACAACACUUGUGAUAUCAGCAUUCAGUAUCGAACUGAGUUUGCAUGUGCAGCAGAUCGAGUCACUAAUCACUCGUGUAUGAUAAAGAAAGGAAAUGAAAUAAUAGAUUUAUCUCGAUUGGCAAAGAGUGACUCUGAUUACAGUGUGGAAUACAAAUCUGGAAAUGAGCAUUAUGUUUAUCGUCUAAAUUUAUGCAGGGAGCUAUCAAAGCCAUGCAAGGGAAAGGGAGGUUCAAUGGGUUGCCAGGCAAUGUUUGCUAAGAAUGGUAGCCAAGCAGAUGCACAUAACAUUGGGCAACAGAAGAAAGUAACUUUGACUUAUGCUGAUGGGAAGGUUAGUAUGAGGCACGAAGGAGGAGAUCACUGUAGCUCUAAGUUUUCUCGUACGACGGUCAUUAAUUUUGUCUGCAAUCAAACAGCUGGGAAUGGAAAGCCAAAGUUUGAUUCUGAGGAGGACUGUGUUUAUGUGUUCACGUGGCAGACUGAUCUUGUGUGUCAAGGGUCACUGAGAAAGUCGUGUUCUGUUACUGAUGGAAGCAGAGUGUUUGAUCUGUCUCGUUUGACACGGAAUAUCAAGAUGAGGCAAUCCAAUUGGCAAGUGAUAGACACACGUGAGAGUAAUGAUUAUUCAUAUUUUAUUAAUGUAUGUGAUGAGUUGGUCCACUCUACUACUCCAGCAUGUCCAGACCAUGUUUAUGCGUGUCAGCUUAGCCAAGAGGGAAAAGUGCAUAAGAGUCUAGGAAAGAAAAUGGAAUUGACUAUCAACUCAGAUAACACACUGAAGUUGAAUUAUAGUGGAGGAGAUGUAUGUUCUCACAGUAAGACGGCACGUAGUGUAGUCAUCACACUAGUUUGCAGUCCAGGUCUUCUAGUCAGCUCUCCAGAGUUUGUCACUGAGUUGGAUGACUGUACAUAUGAGUUUGUAUGGUACACUGCUGCUGCCUGUCCUGUUGGUACGUUUGUUGGUCGUGAUUGCACUGUGUAUGACAUGGUGGAUGGUUUCUUGUUUAACCUUACACAUCUUUCAAGUCAAACAUUCCACACUUCAACUCCAUUUUACAAAUAUGACAUCUCUGUUUGUUCUGCUCUCAAAGGCAGCACUUGUAUAGGAAAUAGGUUGAAUGCUGGUGUGUGCAGGAACUCAUCUACAUCAUCUGUUUUGGGUCAAGUGACUAGAGUACUAGAAUACAGAGAUGGCUCUCUUUUUAUGACUUUACGAGGUGGUGACAUGUGUUCGUUGACAAAGAGUUUUCAAACUACACGGAUAAGCUUUUUGUGUGAUCCACACUCUGCAGAUAACACAAUUUCUGUUGAAGAUCUUGGUUCAAAGAGUAAAGAUUGUGUAUCUUCAUAUAAUGUUAUAUGGAAAACUCAGUAUGCUUGUCAUGCAAAAGCUGUUCCUUGUGUUACCAGUGAUGGCAUCAACAAGUAUGAUUUGUCAAAAUUGGCAUUGGCAGGAAGCAACUGGCAAGCAGAUGACAAUCGAGAAGAUGCAGACAAAGACUUUCGUUAUUUUAUUAAUGUUUGUCGCUCUCUCAAUCCUGUUCAUGGAUGCAGUCCUUUAGCGAGUGCGUGUCAAACACACAAACCCAACGAACACAGCAAUGCAAAAGAAACUGGGGAUUUCAUUACAAACUUGGGAGAACCAGCUGCUCCUUUGUACAACAAAGAGCUAAAGAGACUUGAGCUCAAUUACACGUGGACAAAUGGGAGAUUGUGUCAUAAGAAAUACCAGAGAAAAACUCAUAUUCGAUUUUUGUGUGACCCACAUAUGGGGUUAGGAUCUCCCAAGUUUGUUGAAGAAACACAAGACUGUGUAUAUAUUUUUGAGUGGACAUCAUCAGCUGCAUGUCCUCUAAAAGACACAGUCAGCAAGGAAUUUUGUCGUGUGACACAAAACAACUACACAUAUGACUUGACUCCGUUGAUGAAAAAUGAUUCAGACUACCAGUACAGGUCAGGCCAGUAUGAUUACCGAAUCAAUGUCUGUCGCAACCUCACACAGAAAUGCAACAGUGAUCAUGCAACCAAAGAAACAGCUGUUUGCCAGACGUCUUUAAGUGGAAGUGGUGGCCAUUCAUCGUAUCCUUUGGGUAAAGCAAAUACCUCACUUGUCAUGGGCGAGAGGUCAGUUACACUUACAUACUCACAUGGAUUAGAGUGCCACAAUCACACUGAAAGGAAAACUGUAAUUGAAUUUAUAUGUGAUCGUUCAAAUCAUAAUGCAUCUGUCAUAAAAUCAGGGGAAGCAUCUCAUUGCAGUUAUGUCUUCCAGAUGGCUACACCACUUGUUUGUCCACCAAGUCAGGUUCCAUGUGUUGCCCAUGGCCUUGGUGGUCAUUAUGAUCUUUCACCUUUGACCAAACUGGAUGGUCAUUGGACUGCCAGUUCUGGUGACAGUCACAGCCACACGUUUUACAUUAAUGUUUGUCGGUCUAUUGAUGAUACUAGUAGAUGUCGAGCAAACACAGGAACAUGCCAAUUGACUCCAGGCAAGUCCUUUAAUGCAGGAUAUGUUCUCUCGUCUCCUGUUGUUGUGGGCAAUGGAAUGGUGAUUUUGCGAUACCAAAAUGGAGACAUUUGUCACAAAAAAUAUCCUAGAUCAACAACAAUCAAGUUCUCUUGUGGAGAUGAGGAGGGAGAGCCCCUAUUUGAGAGAGAAACCCCGUACUGUGAGUACAUAUUCACAUGGCAGACAAAAUAUGCAUGUCCGAGGCAUUUGAUUGUUGGUCGUGACUGUGCCGUGACUGAUGUGUACCAUGAAACUCCCUACAAAUUUGAUUUUUCACGUCUUGGAGACAAAUCCUAUAUCUUGUCUUUACCCGGAGGCUCCAGUAUGGCUGUGCAAGUUUGCAAACCUGUUGCAAGUGUAUGUAGUGUCAAGCAAGCUGGAGCAUGCAUACAAACGGGUGCUAAAACUGUGCAUUAUGGAGCUGUCAACUCAAAUGUGACAUACUUUGAAGGAGAGCUUAUUCUUAACUACACAAAGGGAGCUCAAUGUCAAGUAGAUAGCAAACGGCAAUAUUACACUGUCAUUGUUUUUAGAUGUAAUCGAACUGACAUGAGAAACAUUCAUGGAAGUGGUCCAAAGCUGCUACCAAAGAGUGAUGAUUGUGGAGUGACACUUGAAUGGUAUACGCCAUUAGCCUGCCCACCACAGCAACAACCUGUUGACUGCACGGUAUACGAUAGUGAUCCUAAGUUCAAGACUAUGUUUGAUUUGUCAACAUUGACUCGGUUGGACAAACCGUGGACAGCUGUUCUUCCAACGCAAGAUCAUGCUAAACAGUAUUACAUCAACGUAUGUGCUCCACUGACUACAAAUUAUCCUGGAACGCGGUGUAAUUAUUCUGCUGGCGUGUGUGAAGUUGUGAUGGAUGGCGGGAAGGUAAAGUCUAGCAAUAGUCUUGGACAGGUGAAACGGGGUCCCUAUCUUCAAAAUCAUGAGGUAUAUGUCGAGUACGUUUUGGGAGACAAGUGCAACGGUGUACUGAAGCAGAGGAAAGCAAUCAUACAUUUUCAUUGUAGGUUUGGACAAGUGGGUAGUCCUGAGUUUACUGAGAGUGAUGACAACGACUGCAUCUACAGGUUUGAUUGGUUCACUGAAGCAGCUUGUCCAUCCAACAAUCGUCCCUUUUCUCCGCUUGUGUCGGAAAAGACACAAGAUAAUAAACAAGGAUCAGGCACAGUUGCUGUGAAAGGAGACUGCACCACUGUAAAUCCAUUUACUGGUCACAAAUUUAAUUUGUUAUCUCUUAAAGAUUCUGGGGAUAAAGUGGUGAAGGGAGCUGAUGGUCAUACUUAUGCCUUACGCAUUUGUGAAAGCCUGUCUUCUUCAAAAUACCUUGAUCAUUUAAAGAACCAGAGUGCAAAAGGUGCCAUUGGUGCAGCACAGUUGUCAGGAGAUGGAAGAUACUUUAGUGCUGGUCAAUAUUCUCAAAAUUUAAAAUUUGUUCAUAAUAACGUAUUGGAGUUGGUGUAUUCUGGUGGAGAUACAUGCCAUAAGAAAUAUCAGAGGAGCACUGUUUUAACUUUUGUAUGUAACAAGACAGCAGGUGUGCCAAAAUUUCAGUAUGAGUCUGAUGACUGUGCUUACAACUUCCAGUGGAAAACACCACUUGCAUGUGAAAGUCAAUUUGAAUGCUCAACUACUUACAAAGGAAAGUCGUAUGAUUUGUCCAGCCUUGUUGGACGAGGUGAUGGUCCUGAAGGAAAUUGGGAAGUCUCUAUUAAUGACAAUGGAAAUAAAGGAACCGUGUUUCUACAACUUUGUCAAGCUGUAGAAGCAAUCCCGAAAAACAAAUGUCCUGCAAGUGCUGGUGCUUGCUUAGUGACAACAAAAGAUGGCAAAACAAACUACAUGAAUAUUGGAGAGCCCACUAGUGGACCUAAAUUUGAAGAAGGCGUGUUGUCUAUUAUGUAUACCAAUGGAGAAGAGAACACAAACUGUGCUGUUCCGAAAGCUAAGAUGCAAACUGUAAUCAAAUUCGUUUGCAAGGAAUCUUCUAUGGGCGGAGUUCAAUUUCUCAUGUUUGACCGUGGCAAGUGUAGCUACGUAUUUAACUGGGAGACACCUUUAGUAUGCAGCCAAGAGAAGAAAAAGCCGCCUGCACCGCAGUUAUCAUGUGACUACACAGAUCAACUGACCAACACAGUUUAUUCGCUGAAAUCACUCAAAUCUGACAAGGACUUGACGGUUUUGGCUUAUAGAACCCAACUUGUUAUGAACAUGUGUCAGGGGCUUCAGUCACCACCAAGUGGCUGUAGCAGUGCGGCGAUGGUGUGUGUGAAUGGAAAGAAUGUUGGAUCAGUUGCGUCUCUACGGCUGUUUUUGGAGCCAGUAGAACGAAGACUGAGAAUGGAACUUCAGGGAGACACUUGUGGAUCUGGCAAGUAUCGUACAACAAUCUACUUCAAUUGUGUUAGGACAGCUGGCAGAGGACGGCCUGUUCUUGAGCUGGCGGAUAGCUGUCAUUACAUGUUGACGUGGGAUACUAACCUUGCAUGUCCUCCCAGUCCUGACCACUGUAUUUUGACGGUUAAGAAUGGCACAAUGUACGACUUAGAGUAUCUUUCAAGAGGUACAUCAGAAUGGUCAACAGACACCAGUGGCAAAGCUGAUGGAGAGAUCUUUUUGAAUGUAUGUGAUGCUGUGAAGAAUGUAAAGCUUGCUGAUCAAGGGUGUGGAACUGAUGCUGCAGUUUGUCUUGUUAAGGGAACAGCCGCUCACUCUCUUGGCAGCACUUCAUCAUCUCACCUUGCUCUAUCUCGUGAUGGCAAGGUGGUUGAAUUGGCGUAUACAAAUGGUUAUAAGUGUCACGCCAAUCCUCCUUUGAGAGCUCAGACAAUGAUUCAGUUUACGUGUGAUGAAAAAGCAGGACGAGGAAAGGCAGUACUUGAGUCCGUCUCAGCAGAUGGUUGCAAGUAUAUAUUCAGCUGGAGGACUGUGGCAGCAUGCUCGUGUGAACUGCAAAGAAUUGACCUGUGGUUCCCAUCGUGUCAAAUAAAUGAGGAUGGAAACCAAAUCGACUUGUCUGCACUCAACUCUCGCGAUUACCAAGCCAUUGAAACAAGGCAAUCUGGCAGUACUGUUGACUCAUAUGUCUAUUACUUGAGUCCUUGUGGUGCACUACACAACAAACAUGGUUGUUCUGAUGAUGCUUCAGUGUGUCAAACGAAGAGAGGCCAAGAAUUGGCCAUAACAACUGGAGAUCAGCAUCAUUUCAGAGUUACUGUAUUGAGCAAUGGGGACGUCGAGAUGCGUAUUAAUGGAACAGAAAGUUGUCACCAUGCACACAUGGUUAUGGAAUCUAUGAAACAGACAAUAAUACAGUUUAGCUGUAGCACCGUUGAAAAGGGUCCUGUGUUUGUGUACGAGUCCAAUCAAUGCCACUAUGUCUUUGACUGGCAAACGCCUGUUGUCUGUGGACACAAGCCACCACCUCCAUUGACCCCUGCCCCUGCAAUACCUAAUCAACCUGACAACAAAGGAGGCAAAGGCAGCAGUAGUAGCAGCAGCAGUAGCCACCCAGGCAAAGUUGUUGGGAUCAUUGUGUUGGUCAUUGUGAUAUGUGUCAUACUUCUUGUCAUCAUCAUGCUCGUCAAGUCUCCACAAAAACGGGCUGCUGUGUAUCGUAAACUGACCGUCUGUCAUGGAUCAAGAAAAGCCCCAUCGUAUCAAUACAUCAAGCUGAGUGGUGAGGAUCCUGAAGAGGAAACAUCGCUAUUGGAGGCAAAAAAUGACACAGCAGUAGAUGGCAAGGACAAAAACGACGAUGAUGACGACGAAGAUGAUGAUGACCUGUUAGACUUGUAAGGGAAAGCCGUUUGAGUUAUACCAUGCUUACCAUGCUUCAUGUUAGAGGGAGUAGUAAAAGAUAACAAGAGAAUAAUACGUAGUAUACUAUGA